AUGGCGGAGCCCUUCACGGAGACGAUCUGCGACGAGGGGGGCUUCAACGGGACGUGGCGGGACUUCCUCACCAGCCCGGAGAACGAGGGUGGGGGCUUUGUCGAGGUGAAGGAGAAGGGGAAGAAGAAGAAAAAGAAGGUGAUGGGCGGCCGCUACGGCGUGGCCAUCGAGGAGGCGGUGAAGGCGGAGAUGAGGGGCCACGAGGGCGCGGUGGGGCACGUCCUGGAGCUGAUUAAUGAGAAGUGCGGGCACAACCCGCAUGGCAUGGAGGAGCUGAUGAAGUCUGCAGAGCGCACGGAGAAGAAGACCAAGAAGUGCCUGGAGAAGGGCAAGCAUCACAAGUUGCCGGUGUGGGAGGAGUCUGACUCCAGCUCCUCCUCCGACUGA